UCUCUCUUUCCGCUGCAAUAAAGGGAAGUGUGGAAGCAUUAGGAGGGUUCACACACUCGCCAGGGCUAGCAGUGAGCAGUAAGCUAGCUCUGGGUGGAUCAGGAGGGUGUUGAGGCUUGUGUCAGCACCACAGCUUGCACCAUGAGGCUGAAAGUCGGAUUUAUUCUCCGGAGUUUGUUAGUAAUUGGCACAUUUUUGGGGCUGGUGUUGCUCUGGUCCUCUCUGUCUCCAAAACCCGGCGAUGAAACCCCUUUCGGCAAACCCGAAGUAAGAGAAGCCCCGAACCCCGACCCGAAUCUUCCGAAUGGCAUCGGAGAUCAGUUCAAGGCCGUGGUGCCCUGGCCUCAUGUGGAAGGAGUGGAGGUGGACCUGGAGGCCAUCAGGCAGAGAAACGGAGGAGAAAAGCAGAACCCGAAGUUCAGAGCUCAGGACCAGCAGAACAUCAUUCAGAAGCAGUUCAUCACAUUUAAACCCCACACUAAUAUCUACUCGGACCCGGUUCUGCGCAGAGGGACCCUGGGCAACUUUGAACCCAAGGAACCAGAGCCUCCAGGAGUCCCCGGAGGACCGGGAGAGGGCAGCAAGCCGUUCAUUCUGGGAGCGGAGUAUAAAGACUCGGUGCAGGCCAGCAUCAGGGAGUUUGGAUUCAACAUGGUGGCCAGCGACAUGAUCUCACUGGACAGGAGCAUCAGUGACUUACGGCUUGAAGAGUGUAAGUAUUGGCACUAUGAUGAGAACCUGUUGACGGCGAGCGUGGUGAUCGUGUUCCAUAACGAGGGCUGGUCCACUCUGAUGAGGACCGUACACAGCGUCAUCAAGAGGACGCCCCCCAAAUACCUCGCCGAGAUCGUCAUGAUCGACGACUUCAGCAACAAAGCUCACCUGAAGGAGAGGUUAGAGGAAUACAUUAAGCAGUGGAACGGACUGGUCAAGCUGUUCCGCAAUGAAAAGAGAGAAGGACUGAUCCAGGCCAGGAGUAUAGGAGCACGCAAAGCCACUGUUGGACAGGUGUUAAUCUACCUGGAUGCUCAUUGCGAAGUGGGGAUAAAUUGGUACGCUCCACUUGUGGCCCCCAUAUCCAAAGACCGAACGGUUUGCACAGUGCCUCUGAUAGAUUACAUAGACGGCAAUGAUUAUACGAUAGAGCCUCAGCAGGGAGGGGAUGAGGACGGCCUGGCGCGAGGAGCCUGGGACUGGAGUCUGCUGUGGAAAAGAGUUCCACUCAACAGCAAGGAGAAGAAGAAGAGAAAGCAAAAGACAGAGCCUUAUCGGUCCCCUGCGAUGGCUGGUGGGCUGUUUGCUAUAGAACGAGAUUUCUUCUUCGAGCUGGGCCUCUACGAUCCUGGUCUCCAGAUCUGGGGUGGAGAGAAUUUCGAGAUUUCUUACAAGAUCUGGCAGUGUGGAGGGCAGCUGCUGUUUACUCCCUGCUCUCGUGUGGGACACAUCUACCGUCUGAAGGGGUGGGCCGGAAACCCGCCCCCUGCUCAUGUAGGCUCCUCCCCCACGCUUAAGAACUACGUGCGGGUGGUGGAGGUGUGGUGGGACGAGUAUAAGGAUUAUUUCUAUGCCAGCCGACCCGAGACGCUCACCCUGGCGUACGGAGACAUCAGCGCUCUGAAGAAGUUUAGAGAAGAGCAUCGCUGCAAGAGCUUCAAGUGGUUCAUGGAGGAGGUCGCCUACGACAUCCCCAUCCACUACCCACUGCCUCCGAAAAACGUGGAGUGGGGCGAGAUCCGUGGAUACGAAACAGGUUACUGCAUUGACAGCAUGGGACACACCAACGGGGGAAAUGUGGAGAUCGGUCCGUGCCACAGGAUGGGAGGGAAUCAGCUGUUCCGAAUAAACGAAGCGAAUCAGCUGAUGCAGUAUGACCAGUGCCUGACGAAGGGCUCGGACAACACCGUCAUCAUCACACACUGCAACCUGAAGGAGUUCACUGAGUGGAGGUACUUUAAGGAUCUGCAUCGGUUUACACACAUACCCACAGGAAAAUGCUUAGACCGCUCAGACGUCUUGCACACGGUCUUCAUCUCUGACUGUGACCACAGCAAGAGCACUCAGAAAUGGGAAAUGAACAAUAUCGUGGCCGUGUGAAGCUGAAGCCGAGGACGUUGCACAUACAGAACUGAAAUCUCACUGACCUUCUCCUGCACCAGGGGUUAACAGUGUAAAUACAGCUGAAGGAAAACUUUUCAUAUUUUUGUCAUCUCCAGUAAUGAGGCCAUGUUCUGAUAUUGCCAUCUUUAUUUUUAUAUGUAUAUAUUUUACUCCAUGGUGGAUGAAGUUUACAGGUGUUCAGUCUUCAGUGUUGUAGGAAGACGCACACGCAUGAAGAUGAGUGAUCUAAUACCACUGUUUUUAAUUAUUCACCGCUCCAUUAGACCAAGACUUUACUGUCCACCUAGUAAGUUUUUUUUUUUUUAACCUGACACUGGGCAUUUUUAUUUUAUUUUUUCUUCCAGAGAACUUCUCUCCAAUAUUCUGCUUUUUUGGCACAACUUUAAAUCCGACGGCUGCUUUUUUUCCAUUUUAUGGGGAAAAUCUGGGACGAUGAAUAUACUACGGAAAGGGCUUACAAUGUAGAGGGUAAUCAUGAAAAUAAGGGGAUAUAUUUAUUUUAUUUUUUUUUAUAUUGCAUCAAUGUCUGCUUGGAAACAGGAAUAUUUAAUAAUAAUUAUGUAUGUGAAAUCUUUUGAUUGAAACUUAAGGCAAAUCACUGGAUAAGCACUGUUGAGGGUGAAAGGUAUGUCACAUGAGCAAAAAAAAAUACACACCGUGUAUGCUAUUUUUUUGUACAAUGUAAAUAUGAGCGUUUCUAAAUUAACAUUUUGAGAUGCAGUGGGCCUUGUAAUGAAGGUGUAAAUAUCUAACUUGUAAAAUUGUCAGUGCUGUUUUCUCAAGAGAAUAAAUUGAACCUUUUUACCA